ACCGAUGAGGAAUGUCGGUAUUUUUUCACUCUCUAUGCGGAGGAGAAAAAAAAGGGAAACAAAACAAAGAAUGGGAUGAAUCAAACUGGAAAAGACUUCAUUAUUAAGAAGUUUGAAGAGAGAUUUAGGAGAGGAUACCAAUGGGAAAAAUUCAAAAACAAGUAUGAUUCAAGUAAGAAAUCAUGGGUCAAAUUCAACAAGUUGACUCGCAAUAGAACAGGAUUGGGAUAUGAUGAAAUGGGAAGAUUGGACAUGUCUGAUGAUUGGUGGGAUCAGCGUGAAGCGGAAUGGCCAGGUGCUAAGAAAUACAGAAACAAACCAAUACCUAAUAUGGAUUUGUUUGAAGAUGAAUUUGGUGCUAUUACUGUGACUGGAGCAGAAGGAUGGAGUGCUCAACAAUUUAUGUGAAUACCAUAGGGGUCCGAGGCAUACGGAUAUUUGUGAGGAACGCAGCUACGAAGAUCUGUGACCACAAAUAAGAGAAGACGAGCAUUUUAGGUAUGUUGUUUUCAAAAAAUAUUGAAGUUAAAAAGACUAGUGAAAUCAAGAUACGGAAAUGAAGUUGAUGGAAAUGGCAGAUCAAAUAAAUAAAAAAAAUACCAACCAUCUCGGAAAUCUGGGCCACCAAGAAACGUUGUCAUAAACAAAUUCAAACCAAAAAAUUAUCAGAAAAAGACACUUAUAAAUUAAAUGACUGAAUAAAUAAUUUUUAAAACAAAAAAAAAGAGACAAAAAGAAGUACAGAUGGAGGAAGAGCGAUUUGAAGUGCUCUGUCUCUUGAAGAAGAGAAGUCUGA